UUGCAAAAAAGGGGAGGAGGGGCUGGUUGAAGCUAAGGGCCAUGGCGUCUUCCUUUGUCCCUAAGGACAGGGAAGAGCUUCUGCUACGGACGCCAUUGACGUUUGGGUUCUCUGCACCCACAGAUAUGUAUCAGCCAACGCAACAGCAGAGACGCGUUGUCCUCCUCUCGCGAUGAGUUCCGCGGUGACGCAUCCAGUGAGAGGCACAGGGCUAAGAUGAAGAAGAUGUCAAGAAACAACCCGCACACCGGUAGAGUGAAACAGAUGAAGGGCCUAACCCACGAUCCUAUAUGCUCGGUGGAGGAUAACCAGGCCAGGCCCCGCCCAAUGUCGGCUCUCACCAACAGAGACCUCGGCAGUGGCUACAGACCUCCUGGGUCGUCUCGCUACUCUGCUAAUACCAACAAACACCUCUAUGCUGUCGGAGUCGUCCCGGUGACCUAUGCGUGGCGAGACGAGCUGAUCAGGAAGACGAGGAAGGCCAUCAGCAAGGCCCUGGGUCGCGAGGAUCCUCCAACUAGACCUCUCAGUAGACAGAGCUCCAGAGGAGAGGCUCAUCAGUUUUACCAUCUCGAUGACAAGGCAUUGCUGGGGAUGCUGUGUCAGUUACUGCGGACAGACUCUGUCCCCAGAUGUCAGGAAUGGCUCAGCGACGCCUCUGCAGACCAGAAGGACAUAGUUCUGAACAUGAUUCGAGUGGCAGCUCUAGGAGAAGAUGAUCCAACCGAUCUUCCCUCCAGACCUCCCUCUCGGUACGUGUGGAAUCCUCCACCCACUCAUCGGUCAAGGCGACGCUACUCUGACCCUCUACUGCGGGAGAGCUUUGCACUAAUGUCUCUCAACGCACACCCUCGCUACCUCUUCUCCCAGCAGAACCCUGGCUGGGGAGGAGAUGGGGGAGGGAGGAAUGACUGAAAGAACUCCUGAUUCAGCAGAAAUGUCAUUAAACACAACAGUAGUAGGGAUAUUGUUUUGGCCAGUAAAAUUUCGAACAUAUCUGAACACUUUGGAAGUAUCGUUGGAGCGGAGGGACAUCAGCAACUGGGAUUCAAAUUUAGACUUUGCUGACGAUAUAUGCUGCUGCAACUGUUGUUCUAAAAUUUCAAUCUUUGAUGAUCUGA